UUUGACACAUUCCUUUCCGCAUCGCGGCAGUUUAUUUUGUGAUUUCUUGCUGAAGACAACAAUGGAGAGAGAAAGAUUCUCCUUGCUGCUCCUCGAGCCAGGUGAGGUGUACUUUGAGGACUUCUCGGUGAACCUCCUGAAGCCGCUGAUUGUGGAUGAGAGUCGCCGGAUGGGUCGUCUCAAGCUGUGCUCCAAAUCUCUGGUGUAUGACCCGCGAGAUGUGAGUCAGCCCAUUGUGAAGAUCUCCUUCAAGGACUGCACUGACAUCAGCUCGCCGCCCGGAUCCCUGCAGAUGCGCGAGACGAACGUUCUCACAAUCAGUUGCGAUCAGCACAUCGAAAUGCUGGAGAACAACACAAUAGCCCCGUACAAAUUUCGGGCCCAAGCCAUGCAAUUCCUUUUCGAGUUCAACUACGUCCGUGUGGAUGAUUGUCUCACGAAGAUCAGUCAAUUGUACAGAGCUUCGAGUUUGCAGGCUUGCGAGCAGAAUAGCAUGAUCGCCACGAUUGUGUACUCGAGACACAAUCGCCUGAAGUUCGAUCUUCUCUGGCUGGAGGAUGUAUACGAGGAAGUAAUCACAGAAUUCCAAGUGGACGAAAUUACACCUCUUGUAGUGAAUCCCGGGCGACUCUUGCUGUCCAGCAAAGCCAUCUACUUCCAGCCCUACAACAACGUCCAUCCCUAUCUUGUGAAGAAGAUAAAGUUGUGUGACAUCACGGGCUUCCUCCAACGCCGUUUCCUGCUUCGACAAGUUGGUUUGGAUAUUCAGUGGCGCACUAGUGACAAGGAUGAUCAUCUGUAUGUGUCCUUCCGCCGGGACAGCGACAGAGAAGCCUUCUACGAGGCCACGAAGAGACAGAAGGAGUUCACUUAUACCGAUCCAGAACCGGAAAGCAUGAUUCUCAAGUGGCAGAACGGUCUCAUAUCGAAUUACGACUAUCUUCUGUAUCUCAACAGUCUCGCCGACCGCACAUUUCAAGACCUAACACAAUAUCCAGUCUUUCCUUGGGUAAUUAGUGACUACAAAUCCGACCAUCUCGACUUGACAAAUCCCAAAACAUUCAGGGAUCUGAAGAAACCGAUCGGUGCUUUGAAUCCAGAGCGUCUGGAGCGUCUCUUGGAACGUUUCGACGAGAUGGCAGACCCGAAAUUCCUCUAUGGAUCGCACUACUCAACUCCUGGCUUCGUCCUCUUCUACCUCGUGCGGAAGUAUCCCAAGCUGAUGCUCUGUCUCUGCUAUGGGAAGUUUGAUCAUCCAGACAGGAUGUUCAACAAAGUUGAGGAAGUGUUCAACAAUUGUCUGAACAACAUGAGUGACUUCAAGGAGUUGAUUCCGGAAUUUUACGACACUGAAGCCAAGGGAGACUUUCUGGUGAACAGCUCCAAGAUCAAUUUUGGCUGCCGAGCGGACGGAACUGUGGUGAAUCAUGUAAUCUUGCCUGCGUGGGCGAAAAAUAGCCCUGAAAUCUUCGUGAAGACACUGAGAGAGGCUCUGGAGUCGGAGUACGUGUCGCAGAAUCUCCAUCACUGGAUUGAUCUGAUGUUUGGCUACAAGCAGCGCGGAGAAGAGGCGGUGAAAGCCAACAACUUGUUCUACCAUCUCUGCUACGAAGGAGCUGUGGAUCUGGAUGGGGUGACAGACAUAGCCGAUAGACAUGCUCUGGAAGUGCAAAUCUCAGAAUUUGGCCAGGUUCCCAAGCAGCUCUUCACGCGACCGCACGUGCCGCGCGUGGUGACUAACUCCCAAAGCGGUUCGCUGUCGCCCAGUGCUCCCAAGUCGUCUGAUGAUGAGCUCUUGCCUCUGCUCAAGGAACUCUCACUGCAGGUGAAAUACUCAGCGCACAAAGACGUGAUUACGUCCGUUGUUGUGGAUGGAAAAUGUAUAAUCUCAACGGGAAAGGAUGGCGUGCUCAAGUGCUACGACUUUGAGAAUCAGAAGCAACUGAGAAGCGUCCCAGUUACAUCAAUGCCCAUAAGUUCUUGCAUAAAACUGCCUGGAGUGAACAUUGUUGUGUUGGGAUCUUGGGACAAUUCGAUAGUAUCUUAUGAUUUGGACUACGGAAGGACUACGAAUGUGAUCACAGCUCAUGACGACGCUGUCUCCUGUCUAGCCUAUAUAACAAGCCUGGGUCUGGUGGUGUCUGGCAGCUGGGAUUGUAGUGUCAAGAUCUGGAAGGGAUUUGACAAGAAUUCGCUGCCCUCUUUCCGGAUGUCUGACUCCAUGAAGGCGUACUUAUCCCUGGAGGACAAGGUGGAGUGUCUGGAUGCAAAGUGCCGAGACACGAGAAUAAGUGUAGCGAUAGGCAAUGAUGUUGGUGAAAUAAUUUUGUGGACAUUAGACUCAACAAUUGUGAAUAAGUCACCAGAUCCUGGCGAAAGCACAACCCAAUCUGUGAUACUGUCCACGAAAUCCUCAAUUACGGGUGUUGCUUUCAAUGGCAACGCCUCGAAGGUGGCCAGUUGCGACGAAGCGGGCAUCUUCCGGGUCAUCUACAUAUCUGACCAUCAGAUGGGCACUGUGAUCUUCCAGAAGGAGCUCACCAGCUCCUUCACCUGUCUCAACUGGACUCUCAGCGAGACGCAAGUGCUCGUGGGCGACGUCAAGGGACAGAUCCACGUGUGGGACGUGCGAAUUGGGGAGAUGUCGCUGGAGUGUGAGACUCACAGUGGCCCAGUUUGGUGCAUUACGCGGACGCCAGACAGCAAGAAAAUCAUCACGGCCGGAUGCGACUCCCCUCGAGAGAUAUGCAUCAAAGUGUGGAGUGCAAUAUAUGAUAAAUCUCCGCUCUUAUAGUAUUCCAGGGUGCGUCGUGCAUGUCGCAAUAUAGCUUAGUUUUCCUUUUGUAUAUUAUAAUCUCGAAA